AUGUUUGAUUGCCAAAAAUUGGAUCAUAAUUGUAGCAUAAAACAUUGUAUAUUUAAUUUUUGGUUUAGUAGGGUAGAAGAAGUGUCCCCAGAAAUUGUUGACAGUGUUGAGGAAGUUGUGUCAGACGACGGAUCAAAGAAUCUCUCCAGUUAUUCAGAACACAGUAGAAAUUGUUCCAACAUAGCAAAAUACAAUUGGAAGGUAGAAAGAAGUGUAUAUAGAAAUAUUGGAAAAAUUACUGUGAUUAAGAAGGAUAACAAUUUAGGAGCAACUUUUUCUUUGGAGGAUGAAGAAGAAUGUGUCAUUGGAAGUGGAAGAGAAUGCGAUAUUGAAGUGUCCCUCAAAAAUGUUGACAAGAUUCAUGCAGUUGUUGCAGUUGGAAGAUCAAAGGCUUACUUAACAAAUUAUAGUAAAAGCUUUCCUGUUGUUCUCAAUGGAAAACCAAUUGAAAUUGGCCAAGAAUUGAAUGAUGGAGAUAUGCUGAUGAUUGGUGGCAGAAAAUUUCUGUUUAAUUAUGAAAAAAGACUUGAGAAUUAUUCAGAAGAUUCAGAGGGUUCAGAAGAUUCAGAGGGUUCAGAAAAUUCAGAGGAAUCAAUGGAGUGGUCAGACCCUGAAGAUCCUGAUUAUGAGAUGGACAGUGAUGCAGGCAGUAUGACAUCUGAAGAGUGUAGUGAGAAAAGACAGGAGGAAGAAUAUGAAUGUGUUUCAGAUUCAGAAUCUGAUAUUAUCCCUUAUACAGCAUCUUUUCAAAUCAUAAACCAGGAUGAAAAAGUUAGUUCAACAUCUGACUCAAAUUCAGCAACUAAACAACAAAAGCGAAAAGUUAAGGACUCAAAAACUGAAAUUAUUUCAAGCAGCAUUGAUGAAGAAGUAGAUGUUCAGCACUCAAGUAACAAAAUGGGGAUCCGUGUCUGGGACAAAGACAUGGAACUCUUAUAA